GCUGUUGGAAUGAAGAAAUAAGCCCCCAAAGGAAGAUGCUGGCUCAGUUUAAGGCUCUUUGGAGCACUGGGAAUGGAAUUCUGCUCAUAUGUGUGUACCUGAAGGUGAGGUCUGUAUCUGUAGACCUGAAUGUUGAUCCGUCUCUCCAAAUUGAUAUUCCCGAUGCCCUAAGUGAAAAGGACAGAGUGAAGUUCACUGUGCACACUAAGACUACACUGCCAGCUUUUCAAAGUCCUGAGUUUUCAGUUACAAGGCAGCACGAAGACUUUGUGUGGUUACAUGAUACACUCACUGAAACUGAAGAGUAUGCAGGACUCAUUAUACCUCCAGCACCUUCAAAGCCUGACUUUGAUGGUCCCAGAGAGAAAAUGCAAAAGCUGGGGGAAGGAGAAGUGUCCAUGACAAAAGAAGAAUUUGCCAAAAUGAAGCAAGAGCUGGAAGCUGAAUACCUCGCUGUCUUCAAGAAGACUGUCUCAUCACAUGAGAUCUUCCUGCAGCGGAUUGCUUCUCAUCCUGUGCUCAGCAAAGACCGCAAUUUCCAUGUUUUCCUGGAGUAUGACCAGGACCUGAGUGUUCGGAGGAAAAACACUAAAGAGAUGUUUGGUGGCUUUUUAAAAAGUGUAGUAAAGAGUGCUGAUGAGGUCCUCUUCUCUGGAGUCAAGGAAGUAGAAGAUUUUUUUGAGCAAGAGAAGACUUUCCUUGUGAACUACUACAACAGAAUCAAGGAUGCAUGUGCAAAAGCAGAUAAGAUGACAAGAUCUCAUAAAAAUGUUGCAGAUGACUAUAUUUAUACUUCAGCUUGUUUGAAUAGCCUGGCAUUAGAAGAGCCUACAGUUAUCAAAAAGUACUUGUUGAAAGUUGCAGAGCUCUUUGAGAAACUCAGGAAGGUAGAGAGUAGAGUUUCGUCUGAUGAAGACUUAAAGCUCUCUGAACUGUUGAGAUACUACAUGCUUAAUAUAGAAGCUGCUAAGACAGGUAAAUGGACCCUCGUUUUGCCUAGGAAACCUGACACUCUUAAACAACAGCAGAAUAUAGAAGCUAUAUAUUAGCUAGCUGGAGCCCAGCCACUUACAGAAGAUCUUGGACCAAUUUUUCUUUGGCAUGUAAAGUGGAAGAACUCUUUUUUUAAAAUUUCUGUAAGUUAGAGAAAACUGAAUAUAACUCUGCAGCAGUUUCUUUCCUGUCCUCUGCCUGAGUACUCAUGGACUUGCCAAUAAAAUCAAUGAUGACUAAUUAGUAGUUGGGAUUGACUUCAGGAUUUUUAGACUACCUUAGUGGUAGCAAGUGGUAACUUGUGAAAGCUAUUGGUGUCUGGAUGUCCAAGAGGGCUUUGGUAGAUUGAUGUGACUGCAAAAGCCUUUCUGGCAACUCUUUUCUAAUCAACACUUGAUUUGACAGGGGAUGACUAUGCUGCAAAAAGGUAUCUACGUACAGCCUACUGGGUAUCUUCAUCUCGUGUCUUACCUGUAAUGUCAGGUACCCCAGAACAUCCACUACAGCCUCCUUCAGUGGGGUGCACUGUUAUUUAGACAUCACAACUGUACUCCUGCUGCAUUAGGAAGGGAUUGACUCAGAGACCUGUACUACUUCUCCUGUCUAGGUUAGUGCAGUGCUUCAGUCAAACUGUCAGAUCUCCAACAAAUUAGAUGUAUGCUGGAAGGCUGAGAGAAUUCAGAAAGUACUUUUCAUUCUGUAAGGUGGAGAGAUGUCGUCCUAAAAACUCAGCUUCUGAGUUUGCUAACAUAAUUUUCUAAGGACUUUCCCAGGACAGUAACUGUAAACAUAGAUAUGUGUACAUUCUUUCUGUUACACGUCUUGUGAUGGGCAUCUCUCAUGGCCAGUGCAGUAAGAAAGUAGUAUCCUGACCAUCCAAUCCCUGGCUGUAGUAAGAAACCUAUAAAUCCUGAGAAGAAAAAGAAACUUUCUCUUUCUUUCGCCACACCUCAACCUGUGUCCGCGUGAUCUGUUCAUCUUCAGCGGUAACAGAGGGAUCCACCUUACAGCAGGGUAAACUACUUGAAGGGAAGAAAUUAUGCCUAGGGAAGCCCUUAGACUUCCUUCACUAAGGCAUAACUGGCUGUCCUGAAAAUGUUGUGCUGCACUGUGAAAGGCUGCCCAAGAGCAGGCUGUAAUAGCUUGUUGGAAAAAGCAGAAUCUGAUGCUGAAAGAAGUGAAACCGCCUGCUGCUAAGGUAGUUGUAACCUCAGUUGGGAAGUAGUCCUGCUAAGGCUCUGGUGUGCUAUU